AUGUUUCCAUCGAUGAUGGUGUCCGUGAUGAUGGUCGUUCGCUGCGGUCCUACGUCGUCUUCCUCCAGGAACAACAACGCGGGGAAGCGCCAGAACGGCGCGGGGGUUGUGCUGCCGCCGAGAAUGCCAAAAGGUCGUCGGAUUUUAUUAGUUAAGACGAAACCACGGCAGCAGCAAAGAGUGCAAUUCUCAAAGUCGUUUUUUGAUUCCCUUUCGGGAGGAGGAGGCGUUUUUGGUGCAAAAACACCACCGCCACCACCGUCAAAGCGUACGACGACGACGAAGGAGCGGGACGAGACAUUCUCGUUGAAAAAGACGAGCACAGACCACGAGGACGACGACGAAUACACGAUGAUCGACCCGCUCUCUCCAUCGUUCCUGGGUUCUUUCCCGAACGAAUGGCAAAACAGCAACGAGAAGUUGCGGUUGGUUUUAAACGCCUUCGAAGGGUGUUCCCGGACGGCGAUGUUGUCGCUCGGACCGAUACAGGCGUGCGUGAGCGCGCAGGCUUUGUUGGUGUUUGUGAGCGAGCAAAAGAAACAGAAUAGAUUGGAGAACUUUUUGAACGAUUUUUGGCAAGGGAAGGUUGCGUUGGCCACGGAGCGAGUGAAGGGGAAGAUGUCCGUGGACCGAGCGUUGUUGGAGAGGCACUUCGACAGAGAACGAACGGAGUACGAAGGAAAAUUGGCCAAUAUGAGAGGAGAAAACGCGGCGGUUAAAAGUCGUGCGGAGAUGACGCGUCGGGAGAUGUUUGAGACGAAAGGGCUGGUGAGGAAAAUGCAAGAGGAUAUUGAAGAGUUCAAGUGUCUCGUGGAGAUACAAAAGGAAGAGAUGGAACAGUUCAAGAAGAACGAGUACGCGUUGAAGUGCAAAACGGAGCAGCAGUUUGAUUCGAUGUACCAAACAUUUACGAAAGAUUUCGUUUUGUUGAGACACGCAAAAAAGCAACAGGCGAAGGCGCAUACGUUUGAAAUCGAACGACGCGACCGAGCGGAGAAGGUCUUAAAGGCGAAGACGGCGCAACAAUUCGAUAAAAUGUACGAAACGCUGGUGAGAGAUAUCGCUAUGAAAGAUCACGAGAUCGCACAGUUGCAAACGCAGUUGAGCGCGUACGAGGAUGAUUUGAAGGAGAAGGAGAAGAUGAUAGAGGGUAUGGAGGUGAAGUUACGCAUGGCAAACGAGGAGAAAUCAAGAAUAGAGCGAGCGUUGAUUAGUGCGAACCAUCAUCACCAAACUGAAAUCCAGGAAUUGAACGUGAUUAUUACCGGUUUGUUGGAUUCGAUUCAAACGCUCGAACGCGAAGCGGCGGAAGAGGAGGUCCGCAAAGAACGCAUUUGGAGCGAAAAGACAGCUGAAAUCGAAAGUUUGAAACAGAAGGUGAUGGACUUACGCAUUGAUCAUUCCGUUGUCGAGCAUAGAAUGGAAUUGGCGCGUCAGCAGUUGGAGAAGGAAUACGAAGAAAAGAAAACGGAAGUUUCCGUGGAAGCGGAUACGAGAAUCGUCAACACCAUCGAAAGAGUCGCUCGUGCGCAGUUUGAGAGAUUACACGAUAUGACCGUGUUGAAGAAUAAGUUUGUCCGAGAUCACGAAAACGAGAUGGAAGCGUUGAAAGCGUCGGUAGAGAUUAAAGAGCGAGAGAUUGUCGAGAAUUCGAAGAAGGCGGAGGAGAAAAUCGAAGCCAUCGCGAGGGAACUCGCCGAGGCGAAAGAUUCAUACGCUCGCGAGUUGAACGUUGUUUCCGAUUUAUCGUCUUCUCGCGCGAUAGAGAUUGAAAAGCUGAAAACUGAAAUAUCAGACGCGAACGAGAAAGAGCGCGAGAUUGUCGAAGAGUUGAAGACGGUGCAAUCGGCGCUUUUUGAGGAGAAGGCAAAAGUUGCACGCGUUGAACAAGGCUCGAGCGAGACGUUGAAGCAAGCCGAAUGGGAUUUCUUCUCGGAGAAUGCCAAAUUAAAACAAGUCGAGCACGAGUUGGAAUUAAAGUUAGAGCACGCAAACUUAGAGAAGCAUCAGAUUGAGAGGGCGUUGUAUUCCUCCGCCGCGCACGAAAACGAGCUUCAAGAGAAAGUCAAGAGCAUGAAAAAUUCAAUCGCGAAAGCGGCGAAAGAGGUGGAAUAUACCGAAGCGAAGCUGGAACAAUCCAACUUAGAGAAGUUUCAGAUUCAAAGAGCACUCAUCACGAGAACGAAAAACGAAGAAGAAUUGCGCGAAGAAGUCGUAAAUAUGAAAAAUUCCGUCGAACAAUGGGCGAAAGCGGUCCAACUGUCCGAGGAGAAAUUGGAGCAAUCCAACCUCGAGAAAUUUCAAAUCGAAAGGGCGCUCAUCACGAGAACAAAGAACGAAGAGGAACUCUCGAAGAACGUGCAAGAUUUGACCGCGCGUCAGGUAUCGUUCGAGACGCAGUUUCGAGCCGCGCGCAGAGCAGCAAAAGCGGAGAGAAACGCGCUGUACGCGCUCGCGAGAAACGAAAACGCGAAAGCGCAUAAACGAAAUUUUGUGACGGAUACGAAAGAUAUAGAGAGCGAGCGUUAUGCGCAAUACGCGCAGAUGCGCGACGACCUGGAAGGUAUGCAAAGAAAAGUGAAACUGGCGCAAACCGCGUGCGAGGCCGAACGCCGUGCGCGCGAAGUCGCAGAGACGGAACGAGAUUCUGCCUUGCUCGAACUGAGCGCGUCCAACGCUCGUCUCGUGGAAGAGCAGCAAAAUGUCGGAAAAGAAGAAGCGUCUUCGUCUUCUUCAACAUCGGGCGAGAGUAGAGAAAGUAGAAUGGAAGCGCUCGUCCGCGAAAACGAAGAAUUAAUUGAACGCGUGAAACUGCUCGAAAUCGUUGCUCUAGACGCUCGAGAGCAAGAAGCUUUGGCAGUUAAUCGAUUGGAAGCGAUUGAAUUGAAAGCUCGAGAGAGACGAAAUCGCGUGUCGAGCGCGAUCGACUCGCACGGCGAGAUAGAGAAGGAAAACAGAGAUUCAAACUCGGGCGCGAGAAGUUCUCAUUAA